AUGAUCCAACCGAAAAAGGCCACCAUCGGCAGUAUGCUAUCCCUCACCCUGUCCCUCACCCUCCUCCUUUCAUCGCACAAAACAGCCUACGCCCAGUACACAAGCAUCAACUCCGCCUCGUCGGCAGCUUACGCCCGUUACCAAAACCAGUUCUACGUCGGCGGAGGCGGUCUCGAACGCGAAAUCGCAGGCAGUUUCUACACCAAACCUGAAGCCACCGCCGGCGACGGCCAAUUUUCAGUCCUCGACCUCUCCGUCCCUUGGGCCGGCUCCGCCCCCGCAUGGAAGAAACUCGCCUACGGACCUAAAGUCUUGGACUUCCCCUUCGCCAUGAAUGCCAAUGGGACCAAGGCGAUCGCCUUCCGGGCUGUAGUUAAUGCGAGCGACAGUUUUGCGAGCAUCUAUGAAGUGGCGACGAACACCUGGAAGCCUUCGAAGAUCGUCGCCCCGAAACCUGACCAAGACGGUAUCGAGGCGGUGUUGGACCCCACGAGCGAUAAAGUUUACAUGGCCGGCGGGUUUGAGGGCGACGAAAAGUUUGACAAGAUGUACGUGUAUCUAUGGGAGACGGAUGAGUUGAAGAAGAUCGAAAUGCCAGGGCGGCCCUUGACGCAGACGUUGUAUUACAAGGCGGUGUGGUGGACGAAACAGAAUAGCAUCUUGUUCUUUGGAGGGUAUGCUAAACCCAGUGGGGCGUUCGUUAAGCCAGAAAUUAAUGUCUAUAGCCCUGCAACUGACUCAUGGGGCAACUCUCUCUUAACGACAGGAGCUGGACCAGGAGCACGUUCCGAUAUGUGCAUGGCCAUCUCGGACGAUGGGACAAAGCUGGUGGUCUUUGGAGGAAGAUACUUCGAUACGUUUCACCAGUAUAUCACGGGCGACAUAUAUGUCCUGGACUUGGACACCAUGGUCUGGACCCGUGGACCGGACUAUACUACCCCACGCAUCUAUACCACUUGCACUAUCGUUGAUGGUACCUUUCUCUCCUGGGGAGGAUCGGACUCGUUGUCGACAGUGAACUCACCCAUCAUCAUCUACGACAUCAAGCGGAACAAAUACCUCUCCCAGUACAAAGGCCCCGAUCCCGACAAGGAUUUCGACCCCCUCGCCCCACCCAAAACCUCCGGUUCCGGCUCAAAUGGAAACUCCAACAACUCGGACGACAAGGAAAUGACGUUUGAGGAACGGAGGAACUUAAUCCUCGGCUGUGUGUUUGGAGGCGCGGCGUUAUUCUGGAUCACGGUCUGUUGCUGUAUCUGUCGGGUGAAACGGAAUCGGACGUAUAGGGUUCAGGAGGUCCUGGAUGCGGCAGAGAGGAAGAUUGCGGAGGAGAGGGAAAGCGCAGCGAAGAGGCAAACUGUCUCUCCUGCUGCUGCUGCGAGAGUGAAUGGAUCCGCUACAGUUAACGGCAAGCGGGUCAGCGUCAACAAUAACAACAACAACAAUCGUGUGAGCACGACAGUCCGCCCAGCAGCCAUCCCAACACAUGUGCAGUCACCCGGGAACCAACCCUACCCACUCAUGCAAUCCCCCGGAUCUCAACCCUACCCUCUCAUGCAGUCCCCAGGACAAAUUUACCCACUCCUACCCCAACAACAGGGCUACGGACAAACAUACCCCAUGAUCCCUCUCCAACACCAACACCAACCUGGUCAAAUUGGCGCCCCACAAGUCUACCCAAUGCUCCAACAACAGGAUCAGCACCGGCUCUCAAAACCCGCAGCCCCCCUCCCACAUCAACACCAACCCGGUGGAUCUCCCCAAGUCAUCUCUUCAGACCCCACUAACGCCAGUAUGAUGAUGGCGUCCCCAACGUCAAUUUACGGGAGCCCUUAUGCACCAAAUCCGCGUGGGCCAGAGUUGAUUUCUGUAGCGCAAAGUGAUUAUGCAGAGAGUCAUGGUGGGUUUGCGGGGUCACAGACUUCGUUUGUGGGGCAGAGUAGUUCGCCAGCCUCUGGGAGCGCGGCAGAUCUCAUCCGGUCUCCUCAACAGCGCCAUAAUUAG